UCUCCUUCACUUAGAGCCGCAAGCAGCAGCCGCGUCCUGUGCGCUCCCGGCGCAGACCCCGUGCGUCAUUCUGUUGCUUUCUUUCCGCCUCGCUUCACUCUCUUUGCGUCAAGAAGCCGGGACCGGGAGCGGCUCGGAGUUCAGCCCGGAUCCGGAGAAAGCCCGACCCUCCUCGGCCGCCCUGCCGCCUCCGGACCGCGGAGCAGCGGCGCUCCAUGUGCGCUGAGCCCGGAGUUACGCGGAACGGAACCGAGCCGAGAUCUGCUGAUUUCACAGAAAGCGAACAGACAAGCGCAGAGGGAGGCUAAGUUGCCGCUCCGCAGCAGAACCAGAACCAGAACCGGACCCGGAACCGGACCCAGAACCGGACCCAGAACCGGAGCUCAGCCCAGCGCAGACAUGCCGCAGGUGGAAAUGAUCCUGUUCCUCAUCCUCAUUAUUGGGAUGUGCGUGUUCGGCCAGGACCCGGGGUCCAAGGUGGUGUCGGACCGCUACGCUGUCUUCUGGAACCGGACCAACCCAAAAUUUUACCGGGGUGAUUACCACAUCGACGUCUGCAUCAACGACUACCUCGACGUCUACUGUCCGCACUACGUGAGCCCGGUGUCGGACGAUCGGGCCGAGCGCUACGUCCUCUACAUGGUGAACUACGACGGCUACAGCUCCUGCGACCACACCGCCAAGGGCUUCAAGCGCUGGGAGUGCAACAGGCCUCUGUCGCCCAACGGGCCGCUCAAGUUCUCCGAGAAGUUCCAGCUCUUCACUCCGUUCUCCUUAGGCUUCGAGUUUCGCCCCGGCAGAGAGUAUUAUUACAUCUCCUCCAUCACCGACGUCAGAGGAAGGAGGAGCUGCCUGCGGCUCAAGGUCUUCGUCAGGCCCCAAAACAAUUGUGUGAAAAACUCUGGCAGCUCGCAGGAAGGAGUCGAAUUUGACGAAAACAGUCACAACUCGCUCGAACCCAGAGAUGGAAUCAAUCACGAGUCGCCGGAACCAGCCAGACAAGACGUGAACUCUGCCGAUCGGCGACGCUUUUCCAUCCUGCUGCUCAGCUCUGCCCUGAUGCUCCUGGCAGCCAUUUUGUCUUUAUAGCGGCGAGACGCCUCACUCCGGGGAACGGACCGUCCUGAUUGGACCACAGCUCGCCGCUCUACACCUCCCUCUUUAAGGAGCACUUUUUAAAACAAAUUAAAUUAAGAAAAUCCCCCAAAACACUGAGGAGAAUCUCUCAGUCUGAGAGGGGAAGAGACUUCAGCGAGGAAAGCCUUCGCUUGCUUUUGUCGACUUUGUGACUCUUGCAGGCGGAAGAGCCUGGCUGUAGCUCACAGUAUGCAGAUCCUUCACCGUUAUUUUCAAAAGACACCGUCUACACAAACGCGACACUAAUUAGCUCGAGUAGCAAAGAAGCACAGCAGGAGCCUGGAAAAAAAGUUUACAGACAUUUUUUUUCUCCCUUUCCUUUUUGUUUUUUGGGAAGUUGGUGUCACUUGGUGUCACUUGGUGUCAUUUGGUCGCGGGAGGAACAACGGAGGACGCUGCUGCUGCUGCUGCUGCUGCUGCUGCUGCUGCUGCUGUGAUGACUUAACCUUCCUCUCAGGUUAGAAAGGACGCAUCGCCGCCGACUGUGGAGCCGUUAGGAAAAAUAUUAAGGAAGCACUCGUCUCUUAGUGUCUGGACAGAAUCAAUUUAAUGAUCAAUUAAUGCAUUUCUCUGUUUUUGUUUUUUAUUUACCAUGUAUUUGUAGCAGCCGUCACGGGUGUACAGUGAAAUAUUUGAACGGAGAGCAGAAGCGAACAAGGAAUUUUGCCAGGCAAAAUGUUAUUUUCCUAUUUAUUGUGAAGUCCUUGUGCUUUUUUUUCUGUUCUGGUUUAGUGUGUAAGUACAGUUAGAGCGGCAAUAAAAGCGAAUCCCCGUCAGGAUGUUAGCUCACGUUACGUUUGGAGAAAAAAAGAAAAACAAGAGUUUGUGUCUGUUUUGGAACGAUCACAUGUGAUGGAGGUAGCUGUUUUUAACAAACGUUUAGGAGUAGAAGAAGAGACUGGUGUGCAUCAGGGUGUAGAAAUGGAGUAUUUGUGUUUUGAAUUUGCCACUGCCGAAUGUCACCAACGUAGUUUUGCUGUUACACUCUUGUUUUCGUGGAUCACUAUUUACACUGCUAUUGUAAAUACAGGCAAAUUUAAAAUUCAGGGAUGUAUCAAUACAACAAUUAGCUUUUUAUGCCAAUCUGAAGGGAAAUUCCCCUUCAUUAAUACAAAAGUACGGAACUCAGCAAGGGCCAACAGUCAAAAAAUGCCCCAAAAGAGAUGAAGGUGAGGAAAUAGUUUAGAUUAUUGGUAGUUUUCUCAUUUUGCUUUCACAAUUUAAGAUUUUUAAAUUAGACACCAAACACCCAACUUCCCAAAAUGCGUAAAAAAUGUCUAAUAAAUUAAACAACAUUUCUGUAGAAUGGUUAUAAUUUGGUUGAAGUAAAAAACUUUUCUAAAUUGUUGGCGCCACUCUUAGUAAAAAUAAUGUGAGAAAUUCACCUUAAAAAAGGAAUACGGCACCACAUCAGUGCCAAGAGAAAAAAUUAAAGUCAUAGUAAGCUCCUAAUAAGCCGUUUAAAUAUUUUCACUUAUGGAUUUAAUAUUUUUGUUUUUCCCUUUACAAGCAACAAAUAUUGAUGUUUCACAAUUCAAACUUAAAAGUUUAAUAUCUUUAAAAUAAGUCACAUAUACACUCCUUUCCACAAUUAUUAGCAACACUAGAAGAGAGUUGAUAAAAAAAUAUGUUUUUUAAAUUAACCUAUUUUUGCACUAGCACAACUCCAGCUUGAACAUUUCUGAAACCUCAAGCUUUUCAUUUUUGGCACAUUUUGAGUCUUGGAGAAAAUAAUCAAUGUUAAUGUUUUGUAAUAUAAAUAAUUGCUGGCGCAGGUUUUGGCAUUCUUCAUUUUCCUGACAAUUUCAGGAAAAUUCCCUUAGGCAAGUUAAAAAUAUGGAACUCAGUUAGUGCCAGAUGUUGACGUGAUUUUAAAGGUGGGGAAACUCAGGUCACUUGCUUUAAUAAGCAGUUUGGACAGAUUUACUUAAUUUCACUCUUACUUUUUUUAAUCUAAAAAAUAAGUUCACUGCAGUUUAAAAGUUUCAUAGAGUUUAGGUUUAUAUUUGAAAUAAACCACACAUCCAAAAACUGUCUGAAAUAAUUGGCACUUCUGGUAAAGAUGUAUUAAAAUAAAUUAAUUGUAUUUGUUGCAGCAUAAUAAUCUGAAACUAAAUAGAAAUUUAAGAAAAAUAGAUUGGAGUGAAAAUCUUUAGUUGGGUUUUUAAAAACUAUUUGCAAAAUGAAUAAAUAAAUAUAAAUAACUGGAUCCAAAUCAUUAUUAUUUCCCAUAAUUAUUAAACUUGUUGAAUAAAUGAAAUAUUACCUGAUUUCCAGAACCAUAAAUGUCUUUUCUGAUGAAUUUUCUAUAUUUAAGAUAAGGCAAAACUAACUUACAAGAAACUUUUCAGCAAGAUGAGAGAUUAAUAUUGAUGAAAAAUUACUACUUAUAAAACAUUUUCCCGUGUUACUGGAUCAAAAUUACUAGGUAGGAUUAUGUGUUUUUGCAGUGUAUGAUAAUAUCUUAAAAAUAUACUUCCCACAAAUAUUGGAACCCCCAACAAAAAUAUUGUUUUAUUUUUACAUCUGGCACAACCUGGGCUCCAUACUGGGUGAGAUUUAUCAGCGAAACAGCAAAAACAAUUUACAGCGCAGGCAGCAGUCGCGCUUUGGGUUGCCGGCCGAGCGAUUCAGUUUCUGUCUUUGAUCCUGGGUUAAGUGUCGUCUGAACAGAAAAUACACCAUGUACCCCCGCGUAGCGGUUAUUUCUGGAAUGAAAAAUUGACCCCCAAAGAAGAAGGAAAACACAGAGUGUGGUCGACGCAAUCUGAGCCUCGACCAGACCAGAGAGGGGGAAACGAGGAACGCUUGUGGAGAUGGUUUCAAUGCUCCGUCAUGUUCAGUUCUCCAGUUAAAAUACAGAAAAUAAUCAGGAUUUACACUGACAAGCAAAUAAUCCAAAAUUUAAUUGGGAAAUUUUGAUUAACACAUUUUAAGGAAAUAAUUUUGGGUGAUUUUUCUUUAACUUUGCGUUAAAAAAUACCAUUUAACAUUUCAGGAUUAUGUUUUACAAUUGUUAAAAGAGAAGCUUUAAUUAAAAAUAAUAAUUAAGAUGUCAAAAUAAUUUUUACGAGAAUGUAAUUAUGUACCAUAUAAAUGUAAGAUAUGUAAUAAUUACAAGUCUUGUUAGAAUUAUAACAUUUUUGAAUGCUUGCAAACUUUUACAAAAUAGCAAAAUAAACUUUUAUUCUAAUUUUAAGUGAAAAUUGUUUGUAUAAAAGUUUUGAGAAAUGUCUUUUGCUCAGUCUUUGUAUUAUUUAAAAAUCAGAGAAAUUCCCAUUGAGGAGUCAAGCUAACAUCUAAACUUAAUUUUUUUUUACUUUUGUCAAAGUAAAAAAUGGUUUUCAUAUUCAAUUUUAUAAUCAAUUAUUCUUGCUAUUUAUAUUUCCUCUUUAAAAAGUAGAACCACAAAUUGCUCUAAAGUUAAAUAAAUAUAUGUAGGAGCUUUCAUUCAGCUCUACUUAGCUAAAAUGGUUACUUAAAUUGAGUGUAGCUAUAAACUAAACUGUCACCAGCUGUGAGCUUACUGUUAGCUUCAGUAUAAAUAUGCUAGGCUAGUUGCUAAGUUGACUAGCUUUUAGCUAGAGUCCAAGUAGUUAACGACUUGACUUAAAAACUAUUCAUUUGAGACUCAGUGACUUACUUUGAGUAGUUAGCUAUACGGAUGUUAGCUUAACUUUGAUUUGCUGUUAGCUUGAUGUUGAUUAGCUAAAGCAGCAAUAAGCUCGGCAUUAAGGAGCUAUUAGCAUCAUUUUAAUUAGCUCCAUCAAGAGUAUUACCGCAACUCUCAGUAGCUGUUAGCUAGAUUUUGAUGGCUAUUAGCUGAACUCUGAGUAGCUGUUAGCUAGAGUUUGAUGGCUAUUAGCUCAACUCUGAGUAGCUUUGAGCCUAAUUAUGUCAGAACUUAAAUACCCUAAUUUGAUUUGCUAUUAGCUUGACUUUAUGUAGCUGCUAGCAAUAUUUAAGCUAGCUCCUAUCAAGCUAUUAGCUCAACUCUAAGUAGCGUCUUGCUAGUCUUUGAUGACUGUUAGCCCAACUCAGAUUGUGUCUUAGCUUGACGUCCUCAGUGAGAAUUUCUCAUCGAUUCUCUUUAUCUGAAAUAACUUUUACCAGCUUUCUAGUCCAAAGAAGAAAACCGUUCAACACAAACCCAUUUUAGAAAAAUUUACAUUUAAUUUACAUCUUUAGUUUUUGACCUAAUACUUUAAGUGUUGAUCAAAUUUUCCACACUACUGCUCCAAAACGUUUCAUAAAACCCUCCCUUCUGUUUUUUUUAAACCAGUAAAUCAAAACAUUCAUCCUGUUUGGUAAACUGAAACUGAUGAGUAAAACCGCUGGAGUUCCAAUUUAAAAUGUAAUUCAAGAUCUCUUUACUAAUACCCCUCAGCGUACGACAUUUGGAGCUGAUUUUGUUUGUUUUAACUGGGUAGAAUUAUCGCCUUCAUCCGUCAGCGACCUUAUUCUGGACUUUUUUCUCCUCCUCGCAUAGUUGGCAAAGUUGUAUUUCUGUUUGGACUGGAUUUAAACCCCAGGGUGAAACCAGACCACUGUGGUAUUCACUUGAAAAGACGAAAUAUAAUCAUUUAGUUCAUAAACCGAUGUCGUGAUAGUUCAGAAACAAAAAUGGAGUCAAGGAGGUGAAAUAGUUGAGUGACUUAACAUUAUAAAUAAAAGAUGGCCUCCAGUGAUAAAUACCAGUCGGAUCUUUUCCUGGAUACUGUGUAUCCCGACCGUCACUCUGUAUCUUUCAGCGCCUCUUUUUAAGGACGACUCAGUCGACACGUUAACAAUACGAACCAGUUUGAUACCCAACCUGCCGACUUUCAUUUUCUAUGUCUUUUAUAUAAAACAAGAAAAAACAAACAGCCUCGUGUCUGUAGAUAUGUUUGUCAGACAUGCAGUACGGUCGCAUUACAAUCAUUAAUGGCAGUCGGUGGAUCCGUCCCACUGUUUCAUCUGUUUUAUGUUUCUGUUUCACAUUCAGCUGGUUUUUAUCAGGGCCGCUCCUGGAAAAAUAAAGUUACAAGAGUUACGAGAAUAGUCAUAAUGUUACCAUAAAAUUGUCUCUCUAUUUUCGUAAUUAGUUUGUAAUCUUAUUUUUCAAAUUUUCUUUGCAUGGCCCUAAUAUUCUGUCAGUUUUAUAAGCCGAUUAAUGGGUUGCAUUUCAUCGGUUUCUGCAACAUGGAAGGUGAAAAACGUUUUCUGAUGGACUUCUUCUGUCGCCUCCUCCUUGUUUUUCAUGACCUGUUCUUCUUUAUCUGAUAAUCUGAUGUGUUUUUGUCGGUGGGAACGUUUUUGCUACCACAGAAAGACGCGGCUGCGGCACAGAACCAAGCGCACACUUGUUUUGACGUUGUAGUGACUGAACCUUGUGCCUAAACGACCCGUCUAAACUCCUCUGAUGUCUUUUUCCCCUGUUCUCACCAGACUUUUCUACAGAAGCGCCAUGUCUUUGUAAAUACACGUGUUGGAGCAGCUAUGACUAACUGAAAGAAACAAAAAAAAGGUUUAAUAAAUACUUCUUUGUGGUUGUAA